AUGUUUGAUCCCCGAUUCUUCAACAUGUCUCCAAAAGAAGCAGCGCAAACUGAUCCCCAGCAACGCCUGGCGCUCGUGACUGCAUACGAAGCUUUGGAGAUGGCGGGAUACGUUCCAAACAGUACCCCAUCUACACAAUUAGAUCGGAUUGGCACGUUUUACGGCCAAACGACAGAUGACUAUAAAGAUUUGAAUACAUCUCAAGAUAUCGAUACCUAUUAUGUUUCCAGCGUCAUAAGAGCUUUUGGACCGGGUCGAGUUUCCCGGAGUAACCAAUUGGGUGGACCGAGUGUCAGUGUCGAUACGGCUUKUUCAUCAAGUGCGAUGGCCCUGAAUAUAGCCUGCACUUCUAUCUGGAGCCAAGAAUGUGACACAGCAGUAGUUGGAGGCAUGUUGCUUUUGGGCAGUCCAGAAAUGUAUGCUGGUCUGAGUAAGGGCCAUUUCAUAUCGGAAACAGGUCCCUGUAAGACAUUUGAUGAUGCCGCCGAUGGUUAUUGCAGAGGAGAGUCUGUGGCUAGUAUUGUGAUAAAGAGGUUAGACGCUGCCAAAGCUGACAAUGAUAACAUACUCGCUGUUAUCCUGGGAGCCGGGACUAAUUACUCAGCUUAUGCUGCAUCAAUAACCCAGCCACAUGGCCCGACGCAAGAAAUGUUAUAUAGGAAAGUGCUCAAUCAAGCCGGCCUUCAUCCCUUUGACGUUGACUAUGUCGAAAUGCAUGGUACUGGGACUCAGCUAGGUGAUGCAGUUGAAAUGAGCUCCGUUAGCAACGUCUUUGCUCCAGUUUCACCAAGACGCCCUGCAGAUAAACCCCUCCUUGUUGGCACUGUAAAGCCCAAUAUUGGUCAUGGAGAAUCCGCCUCAGGAAUAACUUCACUAAUUAAGGCGCUACUCAUUCUUCGAGAACAACAAGUUCCUCCUCACAUUGGUAUCAAAAGCGGAGUUCUCAACCACACGUUCACGGAUUUACAGAGACGCAACGUUCACAUUCCCCAAAAGACUACAGCGUUCCCCAAGAACAGCUCUCGAAAGCGUCGACUCAUGAUCAAUAAUUUUGGUGCCGCAGGAGGGAACUCUGCCUUUAUCUUGGAGGAAGGUCCAACAUAUGAGAGUCGCCGUAUUGUUGAUUCAAGACUGGAUCAUGUUAUCAGCAUUACGGCUAAAACAGCCUCAUCACUUCAACGAAACAUCGAUAAUCUCAUUUCGUAUCUAGAACAAUAUCCUGAAGUGUCAUUGUCGGAUCUCUCUUAUACCACAACAGCCCGUCGCGUGCAACAUCCUCUUCGAGUGUCGGCAAUUGCCUCUAACGUUACUGAGCUCAGGGCACGCUUGGUUCAACUUUCGGAAACUGGGGUCUCCAAACCAGCUGGCGCUAAAUUGCCUGGUGUUGCCUUUACAUUUACCGGCCAGGGAUCAGUAUACCUGUCACUGGGACAGCAGUUGUUUGAGACUAGCAGUCAGUUUCGAGCUGAUCUGAUACGUUUCGAUCAGAUUAGCCAGGGAUAUGAUUUUAGAACUUUCCUACCUGUAAUCGAUGGGAGCGCUCUUGAUCUAGAAAAUCUUUCGCCUGCUCAAACGCAGCUGGCACUGGUCUCUAUUCAGAUUGCUCUGACCCGUUUAUGGGCAUCAUGGGGUAUCACGCCAAAUCUCGUCCUUGGACACAGUCUUGGAGAGUACGCUGCUCUUUGCGUGAGCGGAGUCCUAUCUAUUUCUGACACUUUAUACCUUGUUGGUACUCGAGCUUCUUUUCUGGAGACCCUCUGCACGAAAAAUACCCAUUCGAUGCUCGCCAUUCAUUCCACCCUUGAUAAUGUCAAGUCAGCAGCUGGUGAUAAACUAGGUCGACUCGAAUUGGCUUGCGUGAAUGGACCCGAAGAUAUUGUGCUAAGUGGGCUAAUCGAAGAUAUCCAAGAAUUGAGUCAGCAUCUCAAAAUGCACGGAUUUAAGUGUACAGUUCUGAAGGUACCAUUCGCGUUUCAUUCAUCGCAAACAGACCCCAUACUCGAUUCGUUUGAGAAAGCUGCACAGUCUGUCAGAUUCCUAAGACCAGAAAUUCCGGUUGUUUCAACAUUGCUUGGUCAAGUUGUUGAUGAAACAGAUGUUUUCGGUCCAUCGUAUCUACGACGACAUGCACGGGAGCCUGUCAACUUUGACGGAGCAAUUCGACAAUCUUGCCUGGAUGGUUUGGUAGACACCCAAACUCUGUGGUUAGAGAUUGGACCAGAGCCUGUUUGUCUCGCGAUGGUUAAAAGCAUACUAGGUGGUGAAGUAAAAGCCUUCCCAACACUUCGCAAAAGCGAGAACCCUUGGAAGACGUCUGCAAAGACAGUAUCUGCACUUCAUUCUCUUGGAUUUGAUAUUACUUGGAAAGAAUAUCAUCGUGACUUCGAAAGCGGACAACGUCUCUUACAUCUUCCUUCCUAUGCAUUUGAUGAAAAAAACUACUGGAUUGACUAUAAGAAUGACUGGCUGUUACAUAAGGGCAAGGACGUUGUCGAGAACAAGGAAGCUCCGAGAAUUCGAUCCGGCCCGGCUACGACAACUAUCCAAAAUUUGAUUACAGAAGAGGUCAAGGAUGGGAAAGCUUUUAUUGUCUUUGAGUCUGACAUGUCCGAACCCAAGUUAAAUGCCUUGAUUGCAGGGCACAGUUUGAACGGACUCGCUCUUUGCCCUUCGGGUGUGUUUGCAGACAUGGCUUUAACCGUGGGAGACUAUAUUCGACAAAAGCACCAGGACAAGCUACCUGUAUCCUCAGGAUACAACAUUGUGGAUAUGCAGAUCGUGAAACCUGUGACUAUUACAGUUCCACGAGUUGAAACCCCCGAGCUUCUUAGGAUAAGCGGCACGGCAGAUUUUCAAAAAGGCAUUGUCGAAGUUGCAUUUGGCUCAUAUUCUUCCCAAACUGGAAAAACAGACCAAAAUGCAAAAUGUAUAGUGGAGUUUGGCGACGCUAAAUCAUGGCUGAAUCAGUGGUCAAGAAGCGCGUAUUUGAUACAGAAAAGGAUAGAAGAUCUCGAGAGAGGGGUCAAAAUCGGCGACGUGGAUAAGCUCUUUGAGAAAACUAUCUACAGACUGUUUUCCGCCGUUGUUGAUUACGAUCCCAGAUACCAUGGAAUGAAAGAGGUCAUGAUUAACAGCAAUGAGUUAGAAGCGGUCGCACUGGUAAGGCUUUAUGAGGGCGCUGAUGCAGGCAAUUUUUUCUGUUCUCCUCUGUGGCUCGAUAAUCUCGCUCAACUGGCCGGCUUCAUAAUGAAUGGAGUCAACGUGGUCGAUCCGCGAAAGUUUGUUUAUAUCUCUCAUGGUUGGGGAACUUAUCAGCUCGCCGAUGUCAUAGACCCAGCGAAGCCAUACCACGUUCAUGUGAAGAUGCAUCCAGCUGAGAAAAACGUUGUGGCCGGCGAAGUCUCCAUAUUCCAGGGAAAUACCAUGAUUGGGCUUUGCAGCAGUAUCAAGUUUCAGAAGGUCCCUCGAUCGUUGAUGGAGAUGCUGCUAGCGCCGCCGUCCCAUCAUCAACAACAAUCAAACGCACAAGUCCCAAGUCACCGCAUACCAGCCUCAAGUGCUAAACAAGUACGAUUGGCCCCGGAAAGGAAGACAGUCAUAACGAAUUAUCCCUCUGCGAAAUCUACAGCAGGAGUCAAAUCAGUGGCUUUGGAGAUGAUCGCUCAAGAAAUAGGAGUCUCGGCAGUCGAAUUGGUUGAUAAUGCGACGUUCGUCGAAUUGGGCCUGGAUUCACUAAUGGCAUUGACUAUACUGUCUAAACUUCGGGAGUCGCUACAAUUAGAUCUACCAUCUGACAUCUUUCAGGAGCUAACAACUAUCGCGGAGUUGAGGGAUUACUUGGAAAAAUUCGAAAACGCGACUGAAGAUGAUGUAAACACUCCGAGCAGCGAUUCCAUGUCGCCGAUUUUGGCCACUCCGGAGCCCUCAUUUGAGGAUGAGACCACCAUCGCAGGUGACAUACUAAACUCUGUCUACUCAAUUAUGGCAGAUCAGAUCGGAAUUGAAGUAGAAGAGCUCUUGGCUGUUGACGAUCUCUCUUCUCUCGGACUGGACUCACUGAUGAGUCUCAGCAUUCAAGGAAGCAUCCAGGAAGAACUCAGUCUCAAGUUAGACUUGCAACUAGAUGGAGCUGCAAAAUUGCCCACGUUGGAAAUUAUCCAAGAGGCUCUCGGCCUUUCGCCUGCAGUGCUAGAAACAGUGCCACAACCACAAACACCACCAAAUUCACACAAGGCUUCUAUUGGCCCGUCUGCUUCGACAUUAUUAUUACAAGGGAAGCCCAGCUCGAGUUCUAAAUAUCUAUUUAUAUUUCCAGAUGGUAGUGGAUCGGCAGCCGUAUACGCUAGACUGCCAGAAAUAGCUCCUGAUCUCGUGGUGUACGGCUUGAACAGCCCAUAUCUGAAGUCUGCCGACAAUUACACUUGUAGUGUCGAAGAUUUAGCUACAAUCAUGCUACAAGCAGUUCGAUCAAUUCAACCAGAUGGUCCAUACUCUCUCGCGGGCUGGUCAGCAGGGGGGAUGUACGCUUUUGAAGCAGCGCGACAACUCAUUCAGGCUGGUGAGAUAGUGUCGAAGCUUAUCCUCAUUGAUAGUCCCUGUCGAUCUAAAUAUGAGCCCAUGCCAGUCGACCUGCUGGACUUUAUCAUGUCUAGUACUAUACUAAAAGGUAUAAUUGAUAAGUCACCGCCGAAGAGAAUCGUUGACCAUUUCAAAUCAACCAUUCGUGCGCUCCAAAGUUACUCACCGAAGGCAAUAGACGCUUCUCGCACGCCUGAAGUGUUCGUCAUAUGGGCCGAAAGGGGAUUGAGUGAAGACUUGGAUGUUGGUGAAAGAGGGAAUGUGGACUGGAGUCGUGGAGUAGCGAACUGGUUGUUUCAACGCGAGGCAAACUCCGGGCCUCUGGGAUGGGAACAGUUGCUUCCUGGAGGUCCCAUUUCAGUGACUAAUGUGGCGGGCAACCAUUUCUCUAUGGUCAACCCAUCGAAUGGCCAAUCCUUAAGCCGAGCAAUUGCAGACGCAAUGCAAGGCGACUCGAGGGACAGGAAGCAGCAUCAUUGGAGGAUAUUCUAG